GGAACACUGUUACGGUCGUGUCUCUUGAGCGUUGCUAGACGAAGAACGCAGGUAGGGCCUUUCCAGCUACCCCGAGGACUAUAUAUGCAAGUCCCAGGAUCAGAGUAGGCUAUCAAUCAUGCUUAGCUUUCUUACUCGCUCUUCAGACAGGCCUAAGUCGACAGACACCCCACUCACACAAUCUAACGGCGUGAAGGAUGCGAACGUCGUAGUCGACGCCCAGUCUUCCAACGGACAUACUGAGACAGCGGAGAAAGGUGCAUCCAAGGGCGAGGCGGGGAAGGAGGCUGAUCUGGAGCCCAAGAAGGAGUCUCAAAUCACACAGGAUGCAUCCUCCCAGCCCUACACGGAACCCACGAUUGAGACCAUGAUCACGCCUCAUAGUGACCGUAGCAGCAGACGAUCUUUAUGGCGACUUCCUUUUCUUGGUGCAAUUGCUCAGCACGAAGCUCGAAAGCCUAGUCUAUCUGCUGUAGCAGAGCACGACAGGAAACGUCGCGCCCGCAACGACUUUGAGAAGUACGAAAAAAACCUCUCUCGUUCAGAGAAACGUGCACAUGAAUCUGCCGUCGUCGUUCGUACGCUCAUUGUUGGACCAUUCGGCAUCGUGCCUACUUCCGCCAAGACAAAACCUUUGUCAAAAGCAAAGCUGGCGAAAGUCAAGUCAGAGCUCAUUCAUCCAAAGUCCGCCAACAAAGUCAUAGCUCAAUUACGCGCGAUGCCUUCUGGUGACAACCUCAUAGGUGCUGGAACCAACCUAGACGGAUCGAAGUCUACUGCAUACCCCAGGGGACCGAUUCAUGCAGUCUGCCUCGCAUACACCGAUGAGGAGGCGCAUCAGCAACACUUUCGCAAGCUCAAGGGACAGGCUGCAGUAACAGAAGCAGUAACGUCGACCUAUAUAGAACGUACCGUUAGUGCCACGACUGCUUUUGAGACCGUAGCAAGUGUCACCAAUGCGUCCGUCACCCAACUGACGGAGAUGUUCUCCGAAUUGAAAAUCGUCAGUCUCAUCGCCUCUCCAGACCUUGGAUUAGGGCAGCCGGGGGAUGGACCAGGCAUACUGAGUGGAGCUUUACCAACCGCGGAUACGGUCUUGCAAGGUAUUCAACAGAUAACCCCCCAACUUCUGGCGUUAGGGUAUGCUACGGGAAAGGCCAUCCUUCCCGACCAUUCUGGUAUGGAAUGCGAUAUAUGCCUUCUCCAUCCGGCUGACACCGACAUCGUAGGUGUAUAUCCUCCUACUGAUAGGAUGUCGGUAAUAACAUAUUGGUGGGGCUUUGAACUGGUCCUUCCACCACCGUCUAUAGAUUUCCUCGGUAAUGUCCCCUCGAUUGCACACGCCGUCAUGAACUUCCUUACAGGCUUGUCACUCGUCAACAAUGGUAUCCGCGAGAUUCUUCCCUUCAUCCGCUAUAUAUCGCAAUAUAUCGACUCCGAGUUCAAUAUGAUCAAGAGUCAAGAUCAGAGGCAGGGGGUAGUCUGUGCUGCAACCUGGAUUAUGCCAGCAGCACUUGUUCCACGCCCGUGGGACUUCCCCCCACCACCAGUCGCCGAUAAACCCUCGACGCCACCUGACUCCGGCGCGGACACACCAAACGAAGACGUUCCAACUCCAUCACCAGGAACUCCUCGUUCUGGGCAGCCCACUCUUCUGCCCCCUCCACUGAACACCGAUUCAGUCUUUGUGGGUGUAGAUGGUAUGCCACCUAUAGACGAUACCCCAGUAGAGGUGACUGCAGAGGGGACGGAUAUACCCGACGUUCAGGUGAUCCCACCCACGCCGCCUGCUACUGAAACCCUUCGUGUCAAGGAGAGACACCUGGAAGAGCAGGAGGGACGCACAGAUGGCGGAGUGGAUAACCUGAAAGACCUUGUUGCGGACAAAUAAUACUGAUUCUUUUCCAUCUUUAUUCUUUCACUCUUUGCAUGGAUACCGAUUCACUACCUUUCACGAAAGCACAUACCUGAUACAAUUGAUACCCACCUUCGUUUCCUUAUAACUAUCUUUUAUGGAUGGGACUUUUCCUCCUCUUUGCAGCUUGUUCACUUGAUGGAUGUAGAUUAUAUAGGCCUGUCCGAUCAUAGUACGAUCCUAUCCCGAGUUCAAUGUACAAGUCCAGGAUUAUCAGUACAAAUUUAUAGAAACAUAACGUCUUCCAUCCGAUAUGAGCAGGGUGCGAUCGC